AUGAACUUGACUGUCGAGCAGAAGAUGGUGCUGUAUGUGAAUGGCAACCAUUGCAUCCCCGAGCAGAAAUCUGUCGACGGUGAGACCUACAUGCAUCUCAAGAAGUGGGAUCGUGCCCUUGUCAAAACACUGACAGGGAAAUCCUUAGACUUGCGGCCAGGCAAAGCCAGUGGAUCGUUGAACAUUGACAUCUGGGACGAAAUGAUCCGUGCGAGGCAGGACAAGGCAAACCAGUUGUUGCAGGAGGCAUUGAACACGGAGGAGGAUGCUGCGACGGAGAACAAGAAGAAGUCCAAGAAGCCGCAAGUUUUCAAAGCCUCUUCGAAACAUGCACUGGUGUUGCCGCUGAAAUUCACCAUCUCGGUCCAGGGGCACGAGUUCCAGGUGCUGUUCGACGGAAUCGGAACAAAAUCGGUGUGGAUCGAAUUCUCCGAAGAGAACCUGAAAUGGCUGAAGAAUAGUGUCGACAGCAGUGAGCAGAAACCCCGCAAGAAAAGGCGAACCAGUCGCCGAUCGGGCAAUGAUCAGGAGAAGUCGCAGGAGAAGUCGGAUGAUGACAACGAUGAGAAGAACGAGGAAAGCAGCUCCGAGAACUAA